AUGGGAAAAACCACCAUUCAAAAUGUCAUCAAUGAUAGUCUCUUUUGUCCACUUCAAUCACAAAUACGCAAUUCUACACUAGAACAUUUUGAACGACGAGUAGGUGGUUUAAACAUCAUUGAUACGCCCGACAUAUUUGACAAUCAAAAUACGUUAAGUAAUUGCCACAUGACUCAACAUGGUCUGAAUAUUAGUGGAUUUCAGAUUCCAUUUACUAGUGGUAAUCUUCCUUUAUUUGGAUUUGUAUUUAACAUUCGACAAGGAAUUAAUUCAGAAGAUAUAACAGCCAUACUUAAUUUCAAAAAGAAAUUUACUCGAUUUAGUCGAAAGAUGUUUUUGAUAUUGACACAUUGUGAAGAAAAGACUGAAAAUCAAAGAUUAGAAUUAAUUGAAGAAUUUUUCAAUCAUUCUCGUUUCAUGAAUAAUCAUGUACGUCAAUUCUUUGAACGUGGUGUUCUUUGUAUGGGUUGUAUACGACGUGAAUCACUUGAAAGUGGUAAUCGAAAAGCAUUGAAUUUCGAACAUAAUCAAGUAUUACAAAUGCGAGCUGAGUUCAUUCGACGAUGUCAAGAUAAUGACAGUGUUAUCGUAAUACCUUUUGAAUAUUCCUUGGAGAAUCGCUGUUGUUCUCCUAUUUGGCGAUGCUGAGGAGGAUGGAUGAAUGAAGAUGAUGAUGAAAUUCAAUUUAAUGACAUGAUUGCAGAAGUAAAACGUUGGAGUGCUAGUAAAAAUAAAUAUCCGUUUCGUCAAACCAUAACACAUAAUCUUUUGUUAAUGGGUAAAACUCGUACUGGUAAAACAACAGUAGCUAAUGUACUGGCUGAUCCAUGCUAUGUUCCUCCUAAUGCCAAAUUACAUUCUGAGACAAGAGAAGUAUCCGUUCAUCCUGUCGCUGCAACAAUGAUUCGUGAGAAUAUUGUUUAUUGUUUCAAUGUGGUUGAUACACCUGGUUUAUACGAUAAAGUAACAAAAAGUGGUACUCCAAUGACAAAUGAUCGAAUUAAAGCUGCUAUUGAUGAGUGCAUAAAAAAAGAUGUAACUAAUAUGCAUCUAUUUGCUUUUGUAAUAAGUUUACAAAGUAAUGUGGAUGUUGAUGAUAUCAAUUCAAUGGUAUUUGUUAGAGAUAAUUAUCCAAAACUUCAUCAGUAUAUUUGUUUACUAGUAACACAUUGUGAAGAAUCGACUACAGAACAACGAGAAGCAAAAGUCAAUGAAUUUUUUGAUUCACAAGCGGUUGUUAAUCAUAAAUUGAAAGAGUUUUUUGCUCAAAAAAUUUUCUACAUGGGUGCAUUACGUCCAGAAUUGAAAACUCAUCCAAAUAAACAAUCAGUUCGUCAACAAAUUCGAAAUGUUCAUAAAAUGCGACAAACAUUUCUCGAAUAUAUCAUUGCUCUUGACGUUAAAGAUUCUUUCAAUAUUCAUCGUGUAGACAUGCAAGGUGGCUGUACUCUGCUCUAA